AUGGGAAGACCCUUCCUAACUACUGGGCAUAUUCUUAUCGACUAUAAGAAGGAUGAGCUCACCAUGAGAGUGACCGACCAAUGUGUCACUGUUAGUGUUUUCCAUACUCUCAAGUACAUGGAUGAGUCUGAAGAAUGUCAGAACAUUUUCAAAGUGGAUUCAUUGAAGCAGGAGAAGGUACUCAAGCGAUGUGAGGAGGUCAACCUCGUGUUGAAUUGGGAAAAGUGUCACUUCAUGGUGACCAAAGGCAUUGUGCUAGGCCAUAAGAUCUCUCAUAAGGGCAUUGAAAUGGACAAAGCCAAAAUCAAGGUGAUUGAGAAGCUACCCCCACAAUAUCUGUCAAGGGCAUUAGAAGCUUCCUUGGACAUGUUGGGUUCUAUAGAAGAUUCUCAAGGACUUAUCCACGAUAUCCAAGGCACAUUCAUCUUCGAUAAAAAUUGCCAUUACAUAUUCAUUGAGCUAAAACAAAGGAUUAUCUCUGUACCUAUCGUGGUUCCCCCCGAUUAG